AUGUACCACCUUCCUCUCACGCAUGCCAAUCAACUAACCACCACACAGCAAUUCGCAGCAGAGAGCUCAGAAGUUAUCAGACUUACCAAGCUCCUCGCUACUCUGCCUUACGACCCAGAACUAUGGCUGACUCGCGGGAACUGUCUUCGUCUACUCGGGUUUCCAGAACUCAGCUUGGGCGACACGUAUAAAGCGCGUCUGCUCGUCGAAGCUGGAUUGCUGGAAACGCCUUCGGUUCUUGGCGAUGAAGUCCGGAAAGCGUUUCGGAAGAAGACGUAUGUGCUUCAUACGACGGAUCCAGCUUGGAUGAGAUGGGCUGAUUCGGUAUCCACGCCUGAAUUGCUCGCUCAGAAAGUCACGGAGAUGCUGAAGAGGCUGGAGUUGCAGAUCUGGACGGAGCUGAUGGAGGGACUUAUGGCGGCGAAUUGCUGUAGCGACUAUAUGCGCUUGAGUCGUGAAGCGGUGGAGAAGUUUCCGGAUGAUGAGAUCUUCCCUAGUGAGGUUGCGAACUCGGAUGCGUGGUAUGCUCAGAGGGAGGAGAUUCUAGCGGCGAGGGUGGAGAGUGGGAGUAUGACGGAGGCGCAGAAGGAGACGACGUUGGCGAAUGGUGGGGUUUAUCCGGUGCCGUAUCCGUUUAUGGGUGAGGAGUUCUUGAUUAGAGAUGAGGCUGUGUUUGAGGGAAUAGAGGAGGAUUUCAAGAGGGUUUCGACGAAUUGUAUGGUGGUGAGAAGUACGAUUCGGAACACGACUGGGGAGAAUGGAGAUCAAGAGACGACUGAGGAUGAUUGCAUUGGCGCAAUUGCAACGAGAGAUAUCGUAGCUGGAGAAACUGUGCUGAUCGACAGCAUGUCUGCAGGUUCUGUUGGCGUUGAUGCCGAUCCUGGUGGUUGUCCAACCUGCUGUGCGUGUCCAGUCAAGAAUUUCUGGAAUACUUGUUGCUCUGUCUUAUACUGCUCUCAAGAAUGCGCAGAUGUCGCACUGGCCACUUUCCACGAUCCGAUUUGCAGCAAGGAUUUCGAAUACCUGUACACAGCAGCAAGGAAAGCAACUACCACGACUGAUUUCUCGCUCGAUGCACUCUUACUGAUGAGAGUCAUCGCCUUGAGUCUCACCGAGGAUGUCGAUCAUCCAUUGAAGAGCCAAGUCAUGGUCCGGUUGACACCCGCGUACAAUUUCAAAGAACCCAACCUCAUCAUCUUCAAUUUCGCUGACCACAUCCAAACACCCAUCUCAAUCCUGCAAACAUUCUCCAUCAACAUUUUCACCAACCCCCUCUACGACACCUGGGUUCUCCACACCAUGAAAUGCCGUCUCCAGAACAACAAACACGGACAAACGCUCGGAGACUGGCCGGGUACGAGUAUCAGUGGAUUGUACAGUAUGUUGAAUCAUAGCUGUAGUCCGAAUGUGGAUUGGAGACAUGACUCGGCGAGUAGUGAGGUGACGAUGUUUACUACAAGGGACUGUAAGAAGGGAGAGGAGCUUUGUAUUAGUUAUAUUGGGAGUGUGGGGAAUGAGAUGCCAGUUGUAGAGCGCAGGAGGAAGUUGACGGGCUGGUUUGGAAUGCCUUGUCGCUGUGAGAAGUGUACUGAGCAGGCGGCUGCGUUGGCAGCGAGUGAGUUGGUGCAAGCCACGGAGGUUUUGGACAUCGCCGAUUAG